GGGCUUUUGAUGAAGGGACGGCGGUGGGAAAGAUGGCGGCGACUUUGGGUCGCUCGGGGUGGUGGCGGUGUUGGGCGCGACGUUUGUCGGCUCCGAAUGGGCCCAGGAUGUUGCUCUUUCUCCUUUUGUUGGGUUCUGGGCAGGGCCCACGGCAAGUCGGGGCGGGUCAGACGUUCGAGUACUUGAAACGGGAGCACUCGUUGUCGAAGCCCUACCAGGGUGUGGGCACAGGCAGUUCCUCGCUGUGGAAUCUGAUGGGCAGCGCCAUGGUGAUGACCCAGUAUAUCCGCCUUACCCCAGAUAUGCAAAGUAAACAGGGUGCCCUGUGGAACCGGGUGCCAUGUUUCCUGAGAGACUGGGAGUUGCAGGUGCACUUCAGAAUCCAUGGACAAGGGAAGAAGAAUCUGCAUGGGGACGGCUUGGCCAUCUGGUAUACCAAGGAUCGGAUGCAGCCAGGGCCUGUGUUUGGAAACAUGGACAAAUUUGUGGGGCUGGGAGUAUUUGUAGACACCUACCCCAAUGAAGAGAAGCAGCAAGAGGCCCAGAAGAGGCGAUAUUCUCCAGGAGUCCAGAGGGUUUUUCCCUACAUCUCUGCCAUGGUGAACAACGGCUCCCUCAGCUAUGAUCAUGAGCGGGAUGGGAGGCCAACAGAGCUGGGGGGCUGUACAGCCAUUGUGCGCAACCUCCAUUAUGACACCUUCCUUGUGAUCCGCUAUGUCAAGAGGCAUUUGACGAUUAUGAUGGACAUUGAUGGCAAGCACGAGUGGAGGGACUGCAUCGAGGUGCCUGGGGUCCGCCUGCCCCGGGGCUACUACUUCGGCACCUCCUCCAUCACCGGGGACCUCUCGGACAACCAUGACCUUGUCUCCCUGAAGCUGUUUGAGCUGACAGUGGAGAGAACCCCAGAAGAGGAGAAGCUUCAUCGAGAUGUCUUCCUGCCCUCGGUCGACAACAUGAAGCUACCUGCAAUGACAGCCCCACUGCCACCCCUGAGUGGCCUGGCCCUCUUCCUCAUUGUCUUCUUCUCUCUGGUGUUUUCCGUAUUUGCCAUUGUCAUCGGGAUCAUACUCUAUAACAAGUGGCAGGAACAGAGCCGAAAGCGUUUCUACUGAGCCCUAAAGUGCCACUGCCACCUCUGUGGCUAUCACCGUGAGGGAUGGGAGGAGCAGGUGCUGGCCUGAGCACACAGCCCAGCGGUCAUCUUCAGUCUCCAGCAACUGGUCAGGGACUCUGUUCUGUCACUAGAGCUUUGAAUGCAGGGACACGGUCAUCUGUGGGCCCUCUGACUCUGGUUCAGGAAGCCCCCCCCACAGGGCCAUGCUGUGACGUGCCUUUCCCUGCAGUCCUCCCCUGGGAGCUUGAGGGGUGGAGAUAGUAUCUGCUGCUGUGAUGCCAAGAUCACAGAAAAGGACUCCAAAGCCCGGGCUGCCUUGGCGUUGGACUCAGGAUCCUCAUGCUUCAUGUUUAAACCUUCCAAGAUCUCCUCGUACCUUCCCACUGUUUGUUUUCUGUUUUUUGCUUUUUGUCUAAGUCUCUGUCCACCUGGCAGCAUCCUUGGAAUCUGGAUGGAAACUUCUGCCCCCCUACCCCAAUGCAGCCUGGGCUGGAAGCCAUUCGAUGCCUCUCUUUUGGGGCUGGGGCUACAAAACAGAUGCAUUUCACUAACCCUCAUGAACUAGCCGGAGGGGAGGGCUUUCUGCUUUGGCUCGCUGCUCUGGCCUUUGUUGGUCAGCAUGGCCCUUGGUUCUGUUGGUGUGUUUGCGGCCUUUCCAGGUAGGUCCCGUUAGGUCCUCAGUCAUGUUUAGCCGGAAGUUGCUGUGCAAGUGAGUAAGCUUGGAAGAUUUCAUGAAUGCGGUGGGACUGAUCCUGACAGUGACCAGCUCCAGGGUUUGGCACCAAAAGCAGCAUUUGCUGUAUGAUUCGACCAUGUAGAGAUGUUCCUGUCCCAUCCAGAGCCUGGUAGCUGCAUGUUUUGUGUCUGUCGUGAUCUUUGGCCUCUGCUCUGCAUGUUCAGAAUGUAAGGAAGCUUUCUUCCUACAGCCUUGGCCAGUACCCCCAGGAGGAAGUCUGGCUUUUCUCCUCCUAAUGGAUGAGAAAGAGGUGCUGUGUUCAUUGCAAAUCUGAGCACGGUAGAGACCCAGUUAUCUGUGCCUGGGAGUGUUUGUUGUCACUGAGCACCAGAGCCUGAGUGUCACUCUUCUAGGGUCGCCCUUAUUCCACUGCCUUAUUUGACAAGGGAUCAUGUGCUGCUCCCCUGUCUGCCCUGUGAUGGAAUUGACUCCAGAAGGUUGGAGCUCUGAGCUCUCCAGUCAUGUACUUCUGUAGCCUGAGGGAAUUCGUAAAAUGGCUGAUGGAAACCAAACAAGA